AUGGACGACAAAACUUUGAAGAUUCAUGUCAGCCCGAAAACGAAGGAAAUCCUAGAUACAUUUGGCACAUUCGAACUCAUCUGCAGGGGAGAAGUUAUAUUGAAGGGUAAAGGUCCGAUGACCACUUAUUGGUUGAUGGGCGAAAAACCGACGAACAACAAUGUGCAACAGGCAAAUCCUACAACGACUGUCAGCCAAAUAUCGAUCCUUCAAGAUCAACUUCCUAUCACCACGCAAAUUCAAACGACGCAAUCGAAGCAACAGGAGCAGCGGGCACUCUCGUCCGUCAGCCAACAACACAAAUUUCAGGGUCAAUUAGACCAGCCGUACCCGACCCAGCAAUCGAUUCAGUCGAGGAGUCAGGAGUCGCGGCAGCAGGGACAUCCGGGUCAACAGAUUCCGUCGUCGGCCACGAACCAGAUUCAGGGUCAAAGAUCCGCAACGGUUAAUCCCGCCUGCGGUCUCGCUAGCGUAACUGGAAACGGCGCGCCCAAAUCGGUGGUUGCACCGCGUACUGUCGUCGCGACGCCGAUCGGCAACUCCUCGCCGUCCCGCAAUCGCACGAGUGGACCGCCGAGUGCAAACAACUCCAUGCACCAGGUAUAUCCGACGGCCGAGAGCAUGCCCAAUCACACUGAAAGCGGUCCCAAUGCGCCGCUCCUGUUACCUGCGGGCGCGGUCCCCAGAGUCUAGUUCUUCUAAGAUGUUCUUCCU